AGCAGGGGGAUACGCCUUGGCUCUGGCCGUUUCUGCACAAGCCAGUCCAGGGUGGAGAGGAAAGAGAGCGUGGGUGGGCAGAGGCCAACUGAGGGGGCCAGCACAGAGGAGAGUUGAGCAUGUUGGAUGGGAAGCAGUGGAGGGUCAAGAGGAAGCAGGUCCUGGUGAAGGAGGAGGAGGUAGUUGGGGGUUGUGCUCCUGAGCCCCAGCAGUGAGGAAAGAGGCCUCUUGGUUUUGGCAAGUUUUAAAGAUUUUAUUUAUGUAUUUAUUUUUUCCCCCCAAAGCCCCAGUAGAUAGUUGUAUGUCAUAGCUGCACAUCCUUCUAGUUGCUGUAUGUGGGAUGCGGCCUCAGCAUGGCCGGAGAAGCGGUGCGUCGGUGCACGCCUGGGAUCCAAACCCGGGCCGCCAGCAGCGGAGUGCAUGCACUUGACCGCUAAGCCACGGGGCCGGCCCCUGGCAAGUUUUAUAGUAGAAUAUAUUUUUCAUUUUCUCUUUUAAAGAUACAGUAGGGAAUUGGAGAAGAAGUAAAUUUGGGAAGGGGAUAGUGGAGUAACCAGAGGUGGAGAAGGCAAAUGUUCAUGGUUGUGUGGCAGGUGGCCCCCGGAACCCCACCUGCUAGCUGGCUGUGCUGUGGCCUGGAGAGUGCGAAGCCUGGCCACACUGUGUGGUGCAGGACUGGCCAUCCCCUGACUUGGAGCAGCUGACUGUGCUUGGUCAAUUCUGGCUGGUUCGGAGUGCGCAGCCAAAGUGUUUGCACUGACGGCCGCAGUGGUGAGGUCUGGUGUGGUCAGAAUGGCAGAGGAGCAGGAGUUCACCCAGCCGUGCAAGUUGCCUGCGCAGCCCUCACACCCACACUGUGCCAACAACACCUACCGGAGCGCGCAGCACUCCCAGGCCCUGCUCCGGGGGCUGCUGGCUCUCCGGGACAGCGGCAUCCUCUUUGACGUCGUCCUGGUGGUGGAGGGGAGACACAUCGAGGCCCAUCGCAUCUUGCUGGCCGCGUCCUGCGAUUACUUCAGAGGAAUGUUUGCUGGGGGAUUGAAGGAGAUGGAGCAGGAAGAGGUCCUGAUCCAUGGUGUGUCCUACAAUGCCAUGUGCCAAAUCCUGCAUUUCAUAUACACCUCCGAGCUGGAGCUCAGCCUGAGCAAUGUCCAGGAGACGCUGGUCGCUGCCUGCCAGCUUCAGAUCCCAGAAAUCAUCCAUUUCUGCUGUGAUUUCCUUAUGUCCUGGGUGGAUGAGGAGAACAUCCUUGACGUCUACCGGCUGGCGGAGCUAUUUGACUUGAGCCAUCUGACUGAGCAGCUGGACACCUACAUCCUCAAAAACUUUGUGGCCUUCUCACGGACUGACAAGUACCGCCAGCUUCCCCUGGAGAAGGUCUACUCCCUCCUCAGCAGCAACCGCUUGGAGGUCUCCUGCGAGACGGAGGUGUACGAGGGCGCCCUGCUCUACCAUUACACGCUGGAGCAGGUGCAGGCCGACCAGAUCUCACUGCACGAGCCCCCCAAGCUCCUGGAGACGGUGCGGUUUCCCCUGAUGGAAGCCGAGGUCCUCCAGCGGCUGCAUGACAAGCUGGACCCCAGCCCACUGAGAGACAUGGUGGCCAGCGCCCUCAUGUACCACCGGAACGAGAGCCUGCAACCCAGCCUGCAGAGCCCGCAGACGGAGCUGCGGUCGGACUUCCAGUGCGUUGUGGGCUUCGGGGGCAUUCACUCCACACCGUCCACUGUCCUCAGCGACCAGGCCAAGUACCUGAACCCCCUGCUGGGAGAGUGGAAGCACUUCACUGCCUCCCUGGCCCCCCGCAUGUCCAACCAGGGCAUCGCGGUGCUCAACAACUUCGUAUAUCUGAUUGGAGGGGACAAUAACGUCCAAGGGUUCCGUGCCGAGUCCCGAUGCUGGAGGUACGACCCGAGGCACAACCGCUGGUUCCAGAUCCAGUCCCUGCAGCAGGAGCAUGCCGACCUGUGUGUGUGUGUUGUGGGCGGGUACAUCUACGCGGUGGCUGGCCGUGACUACCACAAUGACCUGAAUGCUGUGGAGCGCUACGACCCCACCACCAACUCCUGGGCCUACGUGGCCCCCCUUAAGAGGGAGGUGUAUGCUCACGCAGGCGCCACGCUGGAGGGGAAGAUGUACAUUACCUGCGGCCGCAGAGGGGACGACUACCUGAAGGAGACGCACUGCUAUGACCCGGGCAGCAACACGUGGCACACUCUGGCCGAUGGGCCCGUGCAGCGGGCCUGGCAUGGCAUGGCCACCCUCCUGGACAAGCUGUACGUGAUCGGAGGCAGCAACAAUGAUGCUGGCUACAGGAGGGAUGUGCACCAGGUGGCCUGCUACAGGUGCACGUCCGGGCAGUGGUCAUCUGUCUGCCCGCUCCCAGCGGGGCACGGCGAGCCCGGCAUCGCUGUACUGGACAACAGGAUCUACGUGCUGGGCGGCCGCUCGCACAACCGUGGCAGCCGCACGGGCUACGUGCAUAUCUACGACAUGGAGAAGGACUGCUGGGAGGAGGGGCCCCAGCUGGACAACUCCAUCUCGGGCCUGGCGGCCUGCGUGCUCACCCUGCCCCGCUCCCUGCUCCUCGAGCCGCCCCGUGGGUCCCCUGACCGCAGCCAGGCCGACCCGGACUUCGCCUCAGAGGUGAUGAGUGUGUCUGACUGGGAGGAGUUCGACAAUUCCAGCGAGGACUAGGGCUCCAGGAGCCUGGUGUCAGAGGGGAAGGGUGGCGGGAGCUCUGAGGGCAGCAGGGCCCCUAGGCGGCCCAGGCCAGAGCACUUUACCCCAGGGCGUCGGACACCCUUCCUCCUGGCGUUGCCGACUUGCUGGCUCCUGCCACCUUUCCUUCACGCUGGCCCGCCGGCUGGUAUUUGCGGGCUCUGCAGAUCUGUGGCUGUGGGUUACCCAGCAGUGGGAAAUGCUGGUGAAGAGCCCUGGUCCUCUGAAGUUGACCAGGCCCUCUCCUCUGCUCGGACGGGGUUGCCGUCACCAGCUGUCUUGGCCUCCCUGGUUCUGGUCCCUGCUGGGCUAAGAAGGCACCCUUUUCCACAGGGACCUGGGGACUGGUGCCUGGGUGAGGGGGCUGUGGCACAUUGCGUCCCCUUCUGUGGGUAGGGAGGAGGCAAGGUGAGUCCCUCAGCCGGCCCAGCAGCCAGGGGCUUCAGUGCUGGAGCGUUUCCAAGAGCUGGUGAGGAAGCAGAGAUACAUCAAGUUGCCUGAGACUGGUUCUAGCGAUAAACAGAUCCCCUACAGCCAGGCUUUUCUGACCCUGUGUUGUUAAUAAAUGAAAUAAAUCAUCUUACAAAAGGUGUGAAUUGUUUUCCUGUG